AUGGCUGGGACCACUUACAUCACUUCCAUGUCGGGAAUAUCGAUGUGGAAUUUAUGGGUCUUUGACUGGUUGACGGCGGCACGGCGGGGAGGAGGAGGGGAGGACCUUGCCUUAGGUAAGGCAUUCCCAACUUCCCGUUGGUUCUCCACACUUUCCCGGCUGAACGUCACCUCACCUCCUGGCCCUGCCCUCCUUCACCAUCGUGACUCCUCCGAAACUGCCGGCAAAGACAAUAAGACCCGGCCGGGAAAGAUGCGAGCAACCUCGUCAUGCGACCUCAAGUGCUGCAAGCUCAGGGUCAAUUUUGUGCAACUCGCCGAGUUUCUUCCCUUUACCGCCCAACCCAAUGAUCCGAAAUACUCCCUCAAGCCAACAGGGAAAUACAUCAAGUCCAGACCGGAUUGCAUCCGAUCGACAACACCACACCACAUUCCCCAUCUCCCAGUUCCCAUCCCGCCAGUCACUAUUCUCCAUCCCGCUGAUCCAUCAUUCAACCUCCCGUCCUCCCCCAGAUUGCCACCCGACUUUGAAACAUUCCGAUGUCCCAUCGACCGCACGAACAUCACUGGACCGGCCCGCGAACCAGAGAUGCAUAUGAAAUCUGAUGAAAAGUGGAGUCUGCAUUGGGCCGAACACCUGCAGGACCCUGUCCAACGAUGCACAUGGCGGAUCGGCACAGCUCGAGCCAUUCUCGGCCAAGACGAUGUGUUCGAGCUUUUCAUAUCAGAACGCAGCGAAACAUCAUUCUCCAAAGGCAAAAUCCUGAACUCGAUAAGCUCCGGGUCUUUCACUCCUCGACUUCAACCAUAUUUUGUCUCUGACGCCCAUCGCGAACUCUUGGAGGUUCCGACCUAUAUGUCGCGGUGUAACACGGCACAAAAUACGCCGACAUUUGGCAUUCGCCACAGUCAAUCAUGGGACAUGCACAAUGUCGGCACGGCGAUGCGCUGA